GUGGUUAAGGCGUGCCGUCCGCUCCCGGCCGGUGAAGGAGACUUGGAGACAUCUGGGUCGCGCGGUUUGUGUCGGUGGUAGUCGCCGCCGCUGCAGCUGUUCUUACUGCCCUCAGUCCAUGAGGAAGAUGCUCGCCGCCGUCUCCCGCGUGUUGUCGGGCGCCGCCCAGAAGCCGGCAAGCAGAGUGCUGGUGGCAUCCCGUAAUUUUGCAAACGAUGCUACAUUUGAAAUUAAGAAGUGUGAUCUCCACCGGCUGGAAGAGGGCCCUCCUGUCACAACAGUGCUCACCAGAGAGGAUGGGCUCAAAUACUACAGGACGAUGCAGACUGUUCGCCGAAUGGAGUUAAAGGCAGAUCAGCUGUAUAAACAGAAAAUCAUUCGUGGUUUCUGUCACUUGUGUGACGGUCAAGAAGCUUGUUGUGUGGGCCUGGAGGCUGGCAUAAAUCCCACAGAUCAUCUGAUCACAGCCUAUCGAGCUCAUGGCUUUACCUUUACUCGUGGGCUUUCUGUCCGAGAAAUUCUCACAGAGCUUACAGGGCGAAGAGGAGGUUGUGCUAAAGGAAAAGGUGGAUCAAUGCAUAUGUAUGCCAAGAACUUCUACGGAGGCAAUGGCAUCGUUGGAGCUCAGGUACCCCUGGGAGCUGGGAUUGCUCUGGCCUGUAAGUAUAAUGGAAAAGAUGAAGUCUGUUUGACUUUAUAUGGCGAUGGUGCUGCUAAUCAGGGUCAGAUAUUCGAAGCUUACAAUAUGGCAGCCUUGUGGAAAUUACCUUGUAUUUUCAUCUGUGAAAAUAACCGCUAUGGAAUGGGAACAUCUGUUGAGAGAGCAGCAGCCAGCACUGAUUACUACAAGAGAGGUGACUUCAUUCCUGGGCUGAGGGUGGAUGGAAUGGAUGUCCUGUGUGUCCGGGAGGCGACGAAGUUUGCAGCUGCCCAUUGUAGAUCUGGAAAGGGGCCCAUACUGAUGGAGCUGCAGACUUACCGUUACCAUGGACACAGCAUGAGUGAUCCUGGAGUCAGUUAUCGUACACGAGAAGAAAUUCAGGAAGUAAGAAGUAAGAGCGACCCUAUCAUGCUCCUCAAGGAUAGAAUGGUGAACAACAAUCUUGCCAGUGUCGAAGAAUUAAAGGAAAUUGACGUUGAAGUGAGGAAAGAAAUCGAGGAUGCCGCCCAGUUUGCCACAUCUGAUCCUGAACCACCUUUGGAAGAACUAGGCUAUCACAUCUACUCCAACGAUCCACCUUUUGAAGUUCGGGGUGCAAAUCAGUGGAUCAAGUUUAAGUCCGUCAGUUAAUGAGAGGCUACACAUAAUGGAUGACUACACCUUCAGUGGGCUAUUGAUAGCAACUGUAAGGAAUGCUUGUUCUCAACUUAGGUAGAUUAAGAUAGUAAUUGCAUGCAGUUUAUACAGUGUUGCAUUAAAAGAUAGUGCACACUUAAGUAUUUCAUGUGAAUGUUAAAGGUUAUUUGAGAUUUGUAUAGGUCUAAAAUAGGUAAUUACAGUUUGUGCAACCUUCCUUCAAAUUAUUUCCUAAAACAGUUCUAUUUGAGUGAGUUGUAUACUCUUAACAAGUCCUUGUAUGCCUGUGCAACUCUGCCACCUGUCAUACUCGCAUUACCCCACAGCUAAUACUGUAUGUGCGUGUCGGUGCUAAAGUCUCGUCACACUGAUCAUUUCAAAACUUUAUUAAUUAUAACCAGGACAAUUCCAUUUUUGAAUACGCCAUCUGCUCCUUGCAGUUGUAACCACUCUAUAAGAUCUUUACCCUAGAUGUCAAAAUUAGGGUUCACAAUCACUGUUCUCACAAUACAGUUCUAGUCACGUAUAAAACAUUGAUGAAUAACAGGUUCAAAAAAAAAAAACAGUAAUGCUUAACAAAGAUAUUGGCUCCUUGCUCCCUCUGUUCCCCUGGCUUGGCUUAGCUGACUGGUUAAGCCUCAUCUUCGGUGGCUGGGGUCCCCCGAGCCCGUCGUCUGUACUGGGAGACUGCGGCCCAGAGCCUGCAGAGGAGGCCGCCGCUACAAAACAACAACACAGCCAUCUUUAGAGUCAGAAAGAGACUUAAAAGCAACACUCCAGAAUACUUCUUCAGGAGCUCUUAUGGCAGAAAGUAUAUCAUUCUAGGCUUGUCAAGAGUUGCCGUCUAGUCUUAAAAGGCUUACCUUAAAUAGAAAUAUGUUCUCUUCGUGGGUGGAGAUGACACUUGUGCCCCAGCAAGAGUGGGACAUGGCCUUAGAGGCAUGUACAGGAGUACCGGUGGGUCUGUUUAGAGCAGGCCGUUUAAGAUGAUGUGGGGACAAGGACGCAGAUUGCAAUUUAAAAAGAGGGUGCGGGAGAGCUAUUCUGUUUUACCUUCCUACUUUUCCCACCAGGGCUUCAGCUUCCGUCACCUCUGGGCUUUUCCCAACUUUAACCUGGGAAAACUCCAGAGUUUGGAGCUUUCUGACGAAGCCAUGGGAGAAUGUACCAGCCCGUUGUUUUCUACUACUUUAUUUAAAAGCAUAAUCACAUACAAAAAGUUAUUUUCUAUUAUACAAAGUGUUUUGAGGCUAUUCUUACCGUAGUCUGAGGUGUCUUAGAUCUUCCUUAGUGAUGUCAUUGAGAAUAUCAGAAAGUGUAUAACCCUCUUCAAUAAUCUGAAACAAAGAAAUAUAUAGGAGCUAAGCGGCUUGGUAAUAAUAGCAGAGGAAUGGUUUUCUUUUUGGUUAUGAAUUUACCUUUUCAAUUGCAUUUGCAUCCGCUCCUUGCAUUUGUAACCACUCUACAAGCUCUUUAUCCGUUUUCUGCCAACGAAGGGAUAUUGGGGUCUCUGUAAUGAUUAGAAAUUUAUUAUAUAUUGAUGUGUAACAGUAAAACUCUUCACAAGUAACAAAUUGGUUGAAAUAAACUUCCAGAAGAUAAAUGUGGCAUGAAAA